AUGAUUGAUCGCGUCAUUUUCGAGAAUCUCCAAGCCAAGAUUGACGAGGAGGCGGCCGUCAGAGAUGAGCUCCGUGACAUUGUGCAAAAUCUCUCGCGAAAAGGCCGAUCUACUCAAGCUGUGCUCUCUCGCGCUCAUUCUACACCCGAGGCGCAGUUACAGCCUGUCCUCGACGAUGCAACCAAGGAAAUCCUCGCCCAGAAGGAAGAAAUCACCCGCUUGAAGGCCGUGGCCGACAGGCACCCCUUCUACAAGUACAACGGGGUUUGGUCGCGCGAUCUGCAGAAUCUCGUUGCAUCCAUUGAGCUAUGCGCGUGGCUCGGCGGGCUCCAGGAGUUCAAAGGCUCUGAAUCGGCUUCAUUCUUGACCAUGGAGGAGGUGGGGAAGUUUCUUGAGAGUAUGGCUCUACUUUGUCACUUCGAUUGCGUCUCGGCUUGGUAUCUAACUCGCAUUCGCGCAGUUCCCGUUAACCUCAAGGAGGAAGACGCGUUCCAUCUCACAUUGGAGGAGUAUCUUCUUGCGCUGAUUUCCAUGAUUGAAGAGCUGGCCCGUCUUGCUGUUAACGCGGUUACCCUUGGCGAUUACGGCCGUCCUACGGUGAUUGGUAAUUUCAUCAAGGAACUGUUCAAUGGAUUUCAGUUGUUAAAUCUGAAGAACGAUGUGCUACGGAAAAGGAGUGAUGCGAUCAAGUAUAGUGUCAAGAAAGUAGAGGAUGUGGUGUAUGAUCUCUCAUUGCGAAACUUGAUCCCCAAGGGCCAGGGUGUUUAG